AUGAGUAAAAACAAACCAGAUCCUAGUAAACCAAAUGGCGCAGUCUUGCUUGAAUGGAAAAACCUGACCGUCAGUGUGCGACCAUCAUCUGAUCGACAAGGGGCAUCCGCCAACCAAUGGUACGGUCGACCCGGACAUCAACAAAAACGAGAAAUCACUCUUCUUCGAAAUGCUAGCGGAGCAGCACGAUCCGACAACUUAGUGGCCAUCAUGGGCCCAAGUGGUGCUGGAAAAACAACGCUACUUGCCGCCAUUUCAAUGCGAAUUUCUGGCUCAACCAACGUUCAUGGAAAGGUGCUUAUCAACGGUCUGUACGUGACCAGGACGCAGAUGAAACAGUUGACUGGGUUCGUGCCGCAGUACGAAAUCGCCCUACAGACGCUGACCCUUGCCGAGCAUCUAAACUUUGUGGCUAGGCUUAAAAAUGUCACAUGUGCCACUGUGCUGCGCAUCGUCAACGAGCUUGGCCUACAUGGCUGCUGGGGGACGCGGAUUGCCCAGCUAUCAGGCGGGGAGCGAAAGAAGGUCAAUUUGGCAGGUGAGUUACUGACCGAGCCAGAGAUUCUCUUCUGCGACGAACCAACGACUGGCUUAGAUAGCUUCAAUGCUGCCUCGGUCAUGAAAACGCUCCAGGGUCUGUGUGCCAACGGUAGACGCGCGGUCAUAUGCACGAUACACGACCCCCCUUCGCAAGUGUUUCAGUGCUUUAGCGAUGUUAUCCUGAUGCAGGAUGGUGGAACCGUCUUCUAUCAGGGACCAACAGCAGAUCGGAUAGAUUUUUUCCAUUCCAUCGGCAAGCAACUUCCGGCAAGCGGAAAUCCUGCCGACUUUUACUUCAAGCUCGUAAGCCCCGAUGCAAGUACGUUCGCGGCCAGUGAAGCAGAAGAAGCCAUCCAUCGGUAUGAGAUUGUGCGUAAGGCCUGUCGAGAAAACAUCGCCCGAAAGUGUCUCAUGACCCGGUAUCAUCAGGCAAAGAUUAUCCAGAAAUUGGCCAAAGAUAAACAUCGCGUAUCCCGGGCAAAACAACUGAUGAUACUGAUGCAUCGGACAGCACUCGAUAGUUUUCGAAACGUACGCGAAUAUCUUACUGUGACGGCAAUAUUUCUGUUUACCAGCGUGGUGAUAGCGUCGUUGUACUACGAAGUACGUCCAACAUCUCAAACGUCAAUCCAGGACAUACGUGGAGCACUGUUUCUAAUGAUAAGCGAACUGGUCUACACGAUUAGCUACGGUGUGUUUUACACGUUUCCCUCCGAAAUGCCACUGAUUCGUCGGGAGGUUGGCGAAAAGACCUACAACCUUUCCGUGUACUACGUUCACAAAGUCUUGUACAGUGUCCCGAAAGCGUUUUUAGAAUCCUUCCUGUUUAUUGGUGUGGUGUAUGCAUUUGUUGGCUUCACCACGGAUGUACUAACGUACUGCUGCAUGUCACUAGUGGCUAGUGGUGCAAGUAUACUUGCAAUGGCUUACGGUUAUCUACUUUCCUGCACAGCUGGUACCAUGAACAUGGCCAUCGAAACUAGCAAUAUCGUAUUCCUAGCCUUUAUGCUACUUGGCGGUCUGUAUCUCAACCUACGAGCUUUCCCGCUGCUGAAGUAUCUUUCAUUUUUCUUCUUCGCCAGCGAGGGCGUUUCCGUGUACUAUUGGCUUCCGGUGGAAUCGAUCCCUUGCAACGAUUCCUUAGACGGGAACGUAACGAUCACCUGCCUGGCGAACGGGAAAGCUGUGUUAGAAGACGCAGGAUACGCUACGUCUUAUGACGAACUCCACCUGAACUUCCUUGUCCUGACGGUACAAAUUAUCCUGGUGCAUCUGGUGUCUUACGUGUUGCUGCGGAAAUUUGUUCGCAAGGCUGGAUUCUACUGA